GAAGUCACAUGUUUAAAUGUUUGUUAUUCGUGUUCGAUAAAGCGUCCGGCUUCCAACUACCACCGCGUUAGUUUGAACUCGAAGUCACGUGUUUUUUUUUUAUAUUGUUAAUUUUGUUCUUGUGAGUUUCCUGAAUUUUUCCUCAACGACACUUCAUCUCUUUUAUUUUCAAUUAUAAUGGGUUUUGAUCGAGGCGGACGAGGUGGUGGUGGACGAGGACGAGGUGGUUUCGGUGGCAGAGGAGGCGGUGGUAGAGGAGGUGGUGGUGGCUUUGGUGGUGGUAGAGGAGGCGGCGGCGGAUUCAGAGGCCGAGGUGGCGGUGGCCGUGGUGGUGGUGGUGGUUUUAGAGGACGAGGUGGUGGAGGCAGGCCAUCAGGAGGACCUGGAGGUUUCAAAGGGGGUAAAAAAGUUAUUAUUGAACCUCAUCGUCAUGCCGGAGUCUUUAUUGCUCGAGGUAAAGAAGAUGCUCUUGUUACCAAAAAUUUGAUUCCUGGCGAAACCAUUUAUGGAGAAAAAAGAAUUAGUGUUGAUCAAACUGAGGGAGACAAAAUUGAAUACCGUGUAUGGAAUCCAUUCAGGUCUAAAUUGGCCGCUGCCAUAUUAGGUGGUAUUGAUGAAAUUCAUAUGCCACCCGGAUCUAAAGUUUUAUACUUGGGUGCUGCUAGUGGAACUACUGUAUCUCAUGUAUCUGAUGUUGUAGGCCCUGAAGGGCUUGUAUAUGCAGUUGAAUUCUCACAUAGGUCUGGACGUGAUUUAAUUAAUGUUGCCAAGAAGAGAACUAAUAUUAUACCAAUUAUUGAAGAUGCACGGCAUCCUCACAAAUACAGAAUGUUAAUUGGAAUGGUAGAUACAAUUUUUGCUGAUGUAGCUCAACCUGAUCAAGCUAGAAUAGUUUCAAUUAAUGCACAGUAUUUUCUUAAGAACGAAGGUCACUUUGUUAUAUCAAUUAAAGCAAAUUGUAUUGAUAGUACAGCUGAACCAGCGGCUGUAUUUGCACAAGAAAUUGAAAAAUUAAAAAAUGAUAAACUGAAACCAACUGAACAGCUUACACUAGAGCCUUAUGAAAGAGAUCAUGCAGUUGUAGUAGGUGUAUUUAGACCUGUUCCAAAGGCUAAGUAGUAUAUCUUAUAUAUAUCCAUUUUUAAUACAUUAACAUUUUUUUUGUACAAAUAUUCAAUACAUUUGCAAGUACUUUAAUGAUAUAAGUAUUCAUGCAUUAAAUAAUAAAAGAUUGGAUAUUUAUUUUUUAUA